CAUUAGAAGCUCUGUAAAGUCAUGGUGGGGUAACUGAGAGACUUCCCAGCUCAGAACAGGGAGGGCUGAGAGACAUGAGGAAAUCUGAUGUGUUGCUGGAACCAGGGGAUGUUCAGUAUGACAGCAGCAUAAGACAAAUACUGGCAGGUCAGAAAAGAUGAAGCAAGAAGGGUAGGUGGAGAUGAGUUUAAGUAAAGCUUUGAAGUCAUACGGUAGAGGGAAUUUUCUUCUGUAGGCUAGUAUUAUCAACCUUUGUGUGCAGAACCUUCAGUGAGAGGGAAAAUUAAUGAAAGCACAUAUGCUCCGUUAUCAGCAAAACAUGCAAAACAGAACCUAUUCAAGAAUCUAAAAGAGGAGAAAUUACAUGCAGAAAACUGAUUACCCAGCGAUGGAAGCCAAACAGGGAGUGUUGAAACCACCCAGGGAUCAGCAAGGAGUCAUUACUACCUCCAGCUAGGGGGACAAGGAGGGCAAGCAGCGUGGGCCCAGGGACCAGGGCCACCCAUUGGCUUCUCCCUUCCUCUACCCUCUACCCUCUAACUGUCUGGCAGUGCCUCUCAUUGGCCAAAGCUAGCCAGCAUCGUGAUGACCUGAAGCCUGAAAACAUAGUCUGCAGGAGUCAGCCCUACAGAAGGGUGAGGAACGGAGCUGGGGGCACACAAGGCCUAGUCAGGCCUUGUCUAUGGGCUGAAUAAAUAUGACUCAUCUGCCAAUGUAGAUUCUUGUUGUAGUUGCUGAAAAUGGGUCCAAUAGGUGCAGAGGCUGAUGAGAACCAGACAGUGGAAGAAAUGAAGGUGGAGCAGUAUGGUCCAGGGCAAACCACUCCUAGAGGUGAGCUGGCCCUUGACCCCAAGCCAGAGCUUAUAGACAGCACCAAGCUGAUUGAAGUACAGAUUGUCCUUAUAUUGGCCUAUUGCUCCAUCAUCUUGCUUGGGGUGAUUGGCAACUCCUUGGUAAUUCAUGUGGUGAUCAAAUUCAAGAGCAUGCGCACAGUAACCAACUUCUUCAUUGCCAAUCUGGCUGUGGCAGAUCUUCUGGUGAACACUCUGUGCUUGCCAUUCACUCUUAUCUACACCUUAAUGGGGGAGUGGAAAAUGGGUCCUGUUCUAUGCCAUCUAGUGCCCUAUGCCCAGGGCCUGGCAGUACAAGUGUCUACAAUCACCUUGACAGUAAUUGCCUUGGACCGCCACCGUUGCAUUGUGUACCACCUGGAGAGCAAGAUCUCCAAGCGAAUCAGCUUCUUGAUCAUUGGCUUGGCCUGGGGCAUCAGUGCCCUGCUAGCCAGCCCCCUGGCCAUUUUCCGUGAACAUUCGCUGAUUGAGAUUAAUCCUGACUACGAGAUCGUGGCCUGUACUGAGAAGUGGCCUGGUGAGGAGAAGAGCAUCUAUGGCACUGUCUACAGUCUUUCUUCCUUAUUAAUCCUGUAUGCUUUGCCACUGGGCAUCAUUUCUUUUUCCUAUACUCGUAUCUGGAGUAAACUUAAGAACCACGUCAGCCCUGGAGCUGCUAAUGAUCACUACCAUCAGCGAAGACAGAAAACCACCCAAAUGCUGGUGUGUGUAGUAGUGCUGUUUGCAGUCAGCUGGUUGCCUCUCCAUGCCUUCCAGCUGGCUGUGGACAUUGACAACCAAGUCCUGGACCUGAAGGAGUACAAACUCAUCUUCACCGUGUUCCACAUCAUUGCCAUGUGCUCCACCUUUGCCAACCCCCUUCUCUACGGCUGGAUGAACAGCAACUACAGAAAGGCUUUCCUCGCAGCCUUCCGCUGUGAGCAGAGGUUGGACGCCAUUCACUCCGAGGUGUCUGUGACAUUCCAGGCUAAAAAGAACCUGAAAGUAAAAAAGAAAAAUGGCCCCAGUGACUCUUUCACAGAGGCUACCAACGUCUAAGGAAGCUCUGGUGUGGAAAUACAUGGUUGAGUUGUGACCAGAGCUGUAAAUCUAUUUGAGGUGGCCUCACAGGUGCAUCCUGAUUUCCAUUUUAAGGAGGAAAAAGAGUGUCUAAAUGGAAGCAUCUGCAGUGUCCUUCGUGGAAGCCAUGUUGGCAGAGCCUAGGUAAAACUACUUGUAUUCAGAGAUAGGGCAACAAAAGUUUGCAUACAGUUGUGUGGAUGGUAGGUUGACUUAGAAGUAAAAGCAGAGAGAAAUGCUUUUGACUAUUUCCCAGAGGGGAGGAAACCUGAACAAAGAAUUGUCAGUAUCAGCGUUGCUAAAAGAUGGGAAGCAAAUACCCGGACUUUCAAGUCUCUUUAGGGCAUGGUUUGGAAAUGACGAAUAAUUCACCACAGUCAUUUGAUGAUAAGACUACCAAACAUCAAUGGCCCUAGGGAGCCACAGGCUCUUUUUUUAAAUUGUAUUUUGGUUUCUUAUUAUUCUUCCUAAAGGCUGAACCCAUCAGGGAAUAGCUAGCUGCAGGUGAAAGUUACCAACUAUUUGAAUAACUUCAAGGAGGAAAACUGGAAUUUGCUACAUAAUUAGUAUUUGGCAAAUGAUGGGGGAAAUCUUCAAUACUCAGCCAAAUGCAUGUUUAGUGAAAGGUUUCUUCAAUUAAAGAGUUGAGGGCUGAAAUUCUCAGAAUUAUAGAAAUGUAAACCACCAUUUAACUUCACAUUUCAAGUUGUCCCUGCUUUAUAUAGAUACUAUUUAUAUAACAAGCAUACAACUCAACACUUUUAAUUGUUCGUAAUUGUCAUAACUUUUUGAACAUUCCUAUAUUGGAGCUGAGUUCGGCUUCACUAAAAAUUAAAUUGGAUUAGAAAUAAUUUUGUGGCACUUGUAACAUUUGGUGGUUAUUUGUAAGCAGUUUUUACACAAGUAAUAGCCCUCGUGUUUACAGAACACUGUAGUGUUUGUUAUUUUGUUGCAGUUCAUCUUCCACGGACCCAUUCAUGACUAAUAAAACAAUUUAAUGUCAUCAAAGUAGAAUGCAUCUGGUAAGAAAUGUUAAAAACAUUUCAUUCAUUCCACUUUGCAGAUGUUCUGUUUGGAACAAUUUCAACAUAAAAAUAUUUUCUUCCUCUCUAAGGAAUUAGCUAUAUUUUUGGAUAACUUAUGGAUAUAUACAUAGUAAAAUUUUACCUAUCGUGGAACAUAAAUGCUAUAGUACUUUUCAUUUAAAGAUUUUUAUGAACACAAUUUUUAUUUCAAUAGUAUCCAGCCAAAGAUGUUUAAAACCUAAUUAUGUUCAUGAAAAAAAAUUAAGAUGUUAAAUUGUUGUACUUCUUUGGAUACUGUUAAAGAAGUUUAAUUGCAAUCAUAUUUUUCUUUGUAUGACUGAAUUUGUGAAUUGAUUCUUUACAUUUCAAACAAAUUCAGUAUGAGUAUUACAUUUAUUUAUGAGCAUUAACUUUCUGAAAUUGGAGAGUUUCAUUUUAUAGAUAUAUUUAAAAUUCUUACUAUGGUUCUUAUUGAAUUAUUUCCAUUCUAGAAAUAAAAUUCUUGAAGUGGACUAUACUUUUGGAAUACUGAAAAACAAAUGAAAAUGAUAGAAGUCAGACUAGGUGGCAUACAUUAAGAAGUAAACAAAAAACAAUAUAUAUCUGUAAUAUAUCACAUAACGGAAGAAUUCAUUUUUCUGUUGGACUUGACAUAACUGUCCAAGAAGAAGCUGUCUGUCCUUUAAACAACAGUUACUUUGCUUAAUUUGCUAGUAGAUAACAGUGGCUCCUGUUGUUGUUUUUUUUCUCUCUUGGAGAAUUCUUAUACUGUAGGAAAUGUGUACGCUACUGUAUCACCUGUUGUAGUAGUAACUUAUUAGAAUCCAGUUACUGUACAUGAUCUAAUUAAUUCUGUUAACUCAUGAAUAAAAUAUCUUUUUAUGUAGUGAUUUUAUCAUUGAAAUAAAAAGAAUUU